AUGUCGGGAGAGGAAGUUGACGAUUUUGAGAAGGCCAUUCUCAUAACAUUCGCGCAGAAUGGCUUGGUUGAUAGUAAUUUGAAGGUCAAGCAGACCAUAUGGUCAUGGGUGCGCGGAGCGGCUCAGAAUGCUUUGCAGCCCUUCCUGAAGAACAAAAUAGCGCAGAAUGCGGGGUUCAUCCUGCAGGCGGAUUUCCAAGAGCAGUGGCAGGUGCUGGUGGGGAUGCUUGGGGAGGGGUCUGGUGCGGCAGACAUGUUCUGCCGCAUCCUGGUGUCCCUAGAUGAGGACGUCAUCAGCCUGGAUAUCCCCCGCGGCCAGGAUGGUGUCAGAGCCAGCAUGGAGCUCAAGGACACGAUGCGGGAGCACUGCCUGAACGAGCUGGCCAGCAUCUGGUACAAUCUGGUGGUGACCUACAGCGAUAGCAAUCCAGGCCUGGCAGAGGCGGUGCUGUCCGUGGUCAAGCGCUAUGUGUCCUGGAUCGACAUCGGCCUUGUCGCCAAUGACAGGUUUGUGCCGGUGCUGGUGGCGCUGCUGAGCGGAGCGUCGAGUGGGCUGGCAGGCGCUGCAGCAGAUGUGCUGGCAGAGAUUGUGCUGAAGCGCAUGGACCCUGCAGCCAAGCUCAGGUUAGUGCAGCAGCUGGGGCUAGGCCCGCUGAUAGCGGCGUGGGCGGACAAUCAGCUGCGGAAUCCCAGUGCUGCGGAGGAUGUGGGGCCACAGUGCGCGCGGCUGCUGGCUGCCCUGGUCACUGAGGUGCUGGAGGCGUGGAAGAAGGUGGAGAACAGCGUGGUGAGUUUCACGGCGGUGGGACUGGCAAUCGAUUCGGAGGCGGCCGGGGAGGCGGGCGCGGCGUGCAGCACGGCGCAGGGCCUGAUCUCCGCGCUGUUCCCUGCCGUGCUGGCCACGCUGGGCAGCGAAGAUGACGAGGUCGCCGCCUGCCUCGUCCCCUUCCUGCAGUCCUACACCUCCAAGCUAAAAAACAGCCUCAAGCGCGGCGCCCUCAGCCAGGUGCACCGGCAGCACAUCCGGGGGAUACUCGAGGCGGUGGCCGAGAGCGCACACUACCCGGAGUCCUCAUCGGCCGAGGCGCUAGACGGCGCAGGCGACGCGGCCGAUCCCGAGGCGCUUGAGGCGGCUGAAGCGGAGGCGGCCGCCGCCGAGCGCCGCGCGGAGCUCUUUGUGCUGUUCCGUAAUGCCGCCAAGGUGGCGCCCGAGGAGGGCUAUGCUAUCGCUGGCCUGCUGCUGCAGCGCCUCGACUCGGAGCUGGCUGUGUCGCUGCUGUAUGAAUUGGGGGAAGGGGCAUCGGAAGAGGCGCUGAAGCCUGGCAGCGGCGCCCUGGGUCAGCUGGCAUUGGGUCUGAUGCAAACGGAUGUGCCUGCAUCGGGGCACCGCCUGGUUGCCCUUGCCCUUAUGGAGACAUAUGUCCGGUACAGCAGGGUGUUGCAGCAGAGCACUCAGCAUUUGCCACACGUACUGGAUGUCUUCACUGGGAGCAAGGGCAUCGGCCAUCCUGAUAAGAUGGUGGGCAUGCGAGCAUGCUAUCUGUUCAGCCGGCUGGUCAAGGGACUGCGCCAGAACCUGCUGCCACUGCUGCCAGACCUGCUGCUCCGACUGCAGCCCCACCUGGCACAUAUUGUGUCUGCCCCCUUGCCCGAAACCCCACCUACCAAAUCAGCACAGGGGAUGAAAGGAAGGGGAACGCCUGCGGCGGCUGCUGCGAGCGACGACCGGCUGUACGCGUUUGAGGCGGCGGGGCUGCUGCUGGGAAUGGAAGACCUGCCGGCCGAGGAGCAGAGGGAGGCCGUCAGCGCGCUGCUGCGGCCGCUCCUCGCGCAGAUGGAGGAGCAGCUCGCGGCCGCUGGCAAAGCCGCCGCGGGGUCGGAGGAGCGGCGGCGGACGGAAGCGCUGGUGCAGCAGGCACUGGAGGCGGUGUCGCGCGCCAGCAAGGGGUUCAGCCUCCAGCUGUGCACUCAGACGCGCCCCGCCAUUGGUGAUCUCCUCGCACCGCCCCUGCGCGCCGCCAUCCACAUCCCCCAGGCAUGCCUCCAUCAUUCUGCGAGCUUCAGCAACAUGAGGUCCUUGUUGAGCCCCGUGGUGCCGGGGAACAAGGUGCUGCGCGGCCGAGUGAUCAGUUUCCUGCACCGCCUGGUGGAGUGCCUGGGCGACCGCCUGCUGCCCUUCCUGCCGGCCGCUCUUGCCGCGCUACUGCCGGUGACGGCCGACGCCACGGACGUGUCGGACGUGCAUGCGCUGCUGUCUCAGCUGGCCAUGCGCUACAAGGCCGCCCUGCAGCCCCUCCUUGCCAAGGUGGUGCCGGAGGUUGUGGGCCGCGUGCAUGCGCUGCUGGCGGGCGACUGGGACUGGAGCGGCGCGGGCGGCCGGGGCAGCGCCAGCGAGGAGGCGCGCGAACAGGCCGACCUGCAGCGCUCAUACUACGGCUUCCUCAACGCCCUCUGCCAGAACCAGCUCAUCCGAUCCCUCCAGGGUGGGACGCUGGAUGUGGCUUUGGAGGCGCUGCUGCGCGGCGCGGAGAGCCACAUCGACCCCGCCACCCGCAAGACAUGUGUGCAAGUGCUGCGGCGGCUGGUGGCAGAGCUGAGCGGCGGGCAGGGGCCGGCGGGCGCGCAGAUGCGGCAAUUCCUGAUGGAGCGCUGCGCGGGGGGCGUCUGCCUGGGGGGCUUGGCCCGGGGGGACCUCGACGCGCGCGACGCUGCCGUCUCGGCGCUGCUGACGGAGGUGGCCGGCCUGCUCAUGGACUGCGCCGCCCGCUGCGACGGCGAGCUGCCGGCCUUCCUGCGCGCGCGCGUGCUGCCUCAGCUGCAGCUCAGCCCCGCGCUGCAGGAGGCGCUGGUGCAGGAUUUGGAGGGCGCAGAGAAGAAUGUGAAGCAGCUGAAGGGGCACCUGAAGGACCUUGUGCAGGCGGCCAGCGGUGUGGCCCCAAGCACAAGGGGCAGGAGUGACAUGCCGGACAGCAACGGCAUGGUGGCCAGGAUGAGCCACUGA